CAUGUCGGUGUGAUGGGGGAGCGCCGGGAUGCAGCCGAUGAUGCUCCACAAGGGGAAAACACGCAGUCAAACCAGGCGUUAUCGUUAAGAAACAUCACCAAACCUUCUCCUUAAUCACCCGUGGCAAAGAUGUCUCAAUUCGAGUUGCAUUUCCCACGCGCGCAAUGGAUCUAGCUGAUGCCACCGCAGCGAGGAUCUGAUUUUGAUUCCCCCUCUCUAUUUCCUUCCUUCAGUAUCAGUGAGUGUAUUAUGGUAGAGUCAAGUAGGAGCAUCAAACAUAAACUGUGCAACCCUGAUGACAACACCGUCAGGAUUUCAGGAUAUCAACAAUGGAAUCGCCUUACACGUAAAGUCUAGUUUUUUCACGAUCACAACACAAAACGCACCACAAACAAAGUCUUUUCUGAUCUGAUUGAGAAGUAGGUGGGAAAAGGGACCACUGCUCGCAAAUUAUGGACGAGGAGAAUAUGACCAAAAGCGACGAGCAUCAUCUGAGUUUGCAAAAAGCCUUGCAGCAGUGCGAACUGGUGCAAAACAUGAUUGACAUUAGUAUCUCCAGCUUGGAAGGUCUGAGGACCAAAUGUGCCACAUCCAACGACUUGACACAAAAAGAAAUCCGAACGCUGGAGGGUAAACUGGUGAAGUACUUCAGUCGGCAGCUCUCUUACAAGCGUAAAGUGUCCUUACAGGAGCGUAAUGUGGAGCUGGAUGGAUUUCCUCGGCUGGGACACUGGUUCCGCAUUGUUAACAUGAGGAAGGAGGUUCUUGAGGAGAUUUCUCCAGGUGAGCUGACUCUGGAGGCUCUGUUAGAGAUGGUGGAUGAUCAGGUGUGUGAAGAACUCAAGAAGUUUGGAGCUAGUGAUGAAGAAUGUGCUCGACUCAACGCCUCACUCACGUGUCUGAGAUCAGCCCACCAAUCAGAACAACUUGAGGAUGACAAAUUACACAGUAAUGGAGGAUCCAAGCAGGACUGGUCAAUCCAGUGGCCCACAUCCGAGUCGGGCAAAGAGAACACUCCAGUGGGCCCAUCUGACCCCAGUCAAUGGGUGCGUCUCCAACUCUCCCAGAGUCCCAAAUUACACUCGCGCUACAGCCAGCACUUAUGCCAGAGUCCCCAAGCCCUGGUGCCUCCAUUUUACUCUCCUCACCCACACUCAGACCGGCUGACAGUGGACGCUCACUUUCCCUCGCCCCUGGAGACGGGACACCAUUCUCUGCCUCCGUCCCCCAGGCAGAGGCACUUCGCACACACUCCUCCGCGGACUCCCCUAGUAGUGAACACUAUGACCCCUCCUGGAACGCCUCAAGUCAGGCGCAGGAAUAAGCUGAAGGCCCCGGGAACGCCACCGCCUGCCAGCCGGAAACUCAUCCACCUGCUGCCCGGGUUUACAGCUCUGCAUCGCAGUAAAUCACACGAGUUCCAGCUGGGCAACAGAAUUGACGACGCGCAGACACCCAAAGCAAAAAAGAAGAACAAGCCGCUGAACCUGAAGAUCCACAGCAGUGUUGCCGGAAGCUGUGAAAACCUGCCGACGCAGCGCUCGCCUCUGCACUCCGACCACUCACUUCGCUCUUUCUUCUUCCCCAAUUUCGUCCCUUCCACACCGCCGGUUCACUCGGACACACCAUCAGCGAAUACUCUGUCCGUUCCUCGCUGGUCCCCUCAGAUACCUCGCAGAGACCUGGGCAACUCCAUUAAACACAGGUUUUCUACAAAGUAUUGGAUGUCGCAGACGUGUAUUGUGUGCGGGAAAGGAAUGCUGUUUGGAUUAAAAUGCAAAAACUGCAAAUUGAAGUGCCACAACAAAUGCACCAAAGAAGCGCCUCCCUGUCAUUUACUCAUAUACCAUAGAGGAGGUAGGGAACCAUUCAGAGAUCAAGGAACGUCGCAAGGUAAGGAAGAAGCCCGUCAGCUGGUCAGGACCGAGUCGGUGCCGUGUGACAUCAACAACCCCCUCAGGUACUCAGACCUGCACAUCAGCCAGACGCUCCCCAAGACCAACAAAAUCAACAAGGACCACAUUCCUGUGCCGUAUCAACCGGACUCCAGCAGUAACCCUUCGUCCACCACCUCGUCCACCCCGUCAUCUCCUGCUCCUCCUCUGCCGCCCAGCGCCACUCCUCCAUCUCCUCUCCAUCCUUCACCACAGAGCGCCAGGCAGCAGAAACAGUCCAACCUGACAGCAUCUCAUUUCUACAAAUACAAGCAGCAGUUCAUCUUCCCCGAUGUGGCCCCUGAGGUUCCCACCAGGGCCCCUCAAGUCAUACUGCACCCUGUUCUGUCUGAGCCUGGACCCAAAGGAAGUCCCUUGCUGCAAAUUGAAGUCGAACCAACAUCUGAUAAUGAGGAAGGCAACGAUGAAGCUGAAGGUUCUGCAGAUGAGUUUGAGGAGAUGAAUCUCUCUCUCCUGUCCGCACGAAACUUCCCACGCAAGGCCAGCCAGACCAGCAUCUUCCUGCAGGAGUGGGACAUUCCCAUGGAGCAGCUGGAGAUCGGAGAGCUGAUCGGCAAAGGCCGGUUUGGACAGGUCUACCACGGACGCUGGCAUGGAGAAGUGGCCAUACGCCUCAUUGACAUCGAAAGAGACAAUGAAGAACAACUGAAAGCCUUUAAAAGAGAGGUGAUGGCGUACAGGAACACCCGACAUGAAAACGUGGUCCUCUUUAUGGGCGCAUGCAUGAGACCCCCUCAUCUGGCCAUCAUCACCAGUUUGUGUAAGGGCAGGACCCUUUACUCAGUGGUACGAGAUGCAAAAGUCGUUCUGGACGUGAACAAGACUAGACAAAUCGCACAAGAGAUGGUGAAGGGCAUGGGCUACCUACAUGCCAAAGGGAUCCUUCACAAAGAUAUGAAGUCCAAGAAUGUAUUUUAUGACAAUGGGAAAGUAGUCAUCACAGACUUCGGCCUGUUCACAAUAUCUGGUGUUCUUCAAGCAGGCAGUCGGAGGAAGGAUAAGCUGCGGAUCCCAAGCGGCUGGCUGUGUCAUCUGGCUCCUGAGCUCAUCCGUCAGCUUUCCCCCGAGACGGCAGAAAACCAGCUUCCCUUCUCCAAACAGUCUGACGUCUUUGCCUUUGGCACUAUCUGGUAUGAGCUCCAUGCGCGCGAGUGGCCCUUUAAGAACCAGCCGGCUGAAGUCAUUAUCUGGCAGGUGGGAAGUGGAAUGAAACCCAACUUAACUCAGAUCGGCAUGGGCAAGGAGAUAUCUGACAUCCUGCUGUUCUGUUGGGCGUAUGAACAGGAAGAGCGGCCCAGCUUCUCCAAGCUCAUGGAACUGCUGGAGAAACUGCCAAAACGCAACCGUCGCCUGUCUCACCCAGUACACUUCUGGAAAUCAGCUGAGUAUGUGAAAUGAGCUAAACUCAAAACCGCCUGUUUAUAAAACAAAUAAACAAACAAAAUAAAAAAUCGUGACGUUAAAAUGGAGUCAGUCUACACGACUGAGAGAACCUAACAAGAGUGGUGCAUGUAUUCUGCUGUAUUUAGCCAUGUUUCCCAAACGCAGUGAUCAUUUACAUAUUUUUUUUUUUGGUGUAUCAUUUGGUUCUGAAAGGCAGAUGUUUUCUCUCUUUUGUUUGAUUUCUGUUUUUGUUUUCGCUGAAUGUUUGAUCUGUUUUGCAUAUAUCAACUGCUUGUGAUUAUUUCUCAUUAUCUUCAAAGAGUCCACUUUCAGUGAAUGUUUUCUUUCUUUGCAAUUCUUUGCAACCUCUGCAAUGCAUUUUAUGUUUAUUUAAAAAACUGAUACUAGUGUUAUUCAACUUUUUGUCUGUAUUGUUUUUCCUUCUUCUUUUAAAAUUCAGUCUUUUGAUGAAUGUAUUUAUUUUUUUCUAUUUGACAAAUGUACCCUUUUGAACUUGUUUUAUUUGUUCAUUUCAUCAUUCACGCUGUUUGUGUUUCACGGAACUCCAUGUCCUUUGAUUUUUACGCGGGACAUUCCGAAGCUUUACCGUAACUAGGGAGAUGAGUGUUCCGAGAAUGCGAGGAACUUCUCUCCCUUCCUUUCGCAUUGUAGAUAAAGUAGCGCGUGCAUUUGUGUCACUCAUUUACUUUGCCUAUAUAGAAAGACGCGUUCGUACAAUGGCACCGCAACCGAGCGUGUGUAUGUAUAUUAUCGACACUUGAAUUGUAUCAUGCCUAACUGUGACAAAAACAGAAUUACCUAAAGGUAAACUGCUAUUCCUGAGCCUACAAUGAAAGGGAUAGAUAUAACAGACUGUAUCUAUCACACUUACAAACCUUUUCUUAUCAGUGCAUACGAAUGUUUCAGCAUAAUUUAAAAGCUUUGCUUUGUUUGUACUAGGCUACACACAUGUUAUAUUGUAGAAAACAUCGAGUACCAUGAGUAAUAGUGCACUUUUCACCAUUUGUAUAUUAUUAUAAAUGACAUCUCAUUAUUAUGACUGUUGCAUGUUGCAAGUUCUGGAGUGUCCAUGUUGUAACACGGAUCGGUGUGAAGGUCGGUGUCGCUCGCUAGGUAUGGCUUAAACUAAACCGCUAUCCCGCUUUCUCCACCAUAUCAGCGCCAUGCACUCUGGGUACAGACAAUCUGCUCACUCGUUAAAAAAAAAAGCCAUGGUUUUUUGGGUCAUAAACAGUGCCAGUGCUCACAAACUUGUUGCUGCUGUUCUUUUUGAAGUCUAUUUUAGGAUCACAAAAAUACAGAUGUCGUCGAGUGGGCGUUUAUAUUUGUACGGUCGACCGUUUUUACACGCAUGAGGACGUUUUUAAGGGGAUUUCUUCAUGCUACGGACCCCGGUUCCAUACAGUAGUAGUUUUACAGGCUAAACAACGUGAGAAAGUAAUAACAGAUGAUAUUUAAAAUCUAUAUCAGGCCUAGUAAGGCACAAUUUUAAACCUAUGAAGAAAAGACUGUGCUAUAAUGUUUAUAUAUAUUUUUUUGAAAUGGGGCUAUGAGGAUGUCCGGGACAGUGUUUUUGUCAAAUUGCGAGAAGACGGGGUGUUAACAACCAUUAUUAGCAGCUUCCAUAUCAAGCCUAUUUAACAGGCUGUAGAUUUUGCUUAAUAAUCUGUUGCUGUGAUUAAUAUUACAAUCACUGAAUCCGACCUCAUUAUCAUUGAUUAUAUUUCUGCCCCAUUAUGAAUGUAUGAGUUGUUCUGUGUGUGUGUGUGUGCGCGUGUGUUGUUGUUAACGUUUUUGUUUUCCUACUUUCCAUCCAUGCAUUUACUUGGUGGUCGUUGAUUAUUUAUCAACACUUUUCCAUCGCUCUGGUUUGCGUUUCUUUUCUGAUAUUUUGUGCUCGUCUUUCCUGAUUUCUUUGAUGGCCUCCAUGAUUGAGUUUUUGUAUUAUGUAUUUGUUGUAAGUAUAUAUAAAGCUUGUAUUUACUGAUGCCUUAUGGUCCAUGGCUUAGCGACUGGUACACAUCACAAGCUCUUUCUUUGCACUCAUCCUUUAUGAAAUUAUAUGAAAAUAAAA